AGAAAUUGUGAAUAGUAGUACCGGUAUACCACACUGUUCCCGUCACUGCUUGUUGUCUCAAUCUUGAAUUGAUUUGCUUUAACUGUUUGAUCCAAGUCACCAUGAUUUUAAUCAAGUAUGAUUGUAUACUUCCCUUGAUUGCAAUAGUAUGUUUCUGUCUGUCGACUACGCUUGCAGCUAAGAAGAAAAAGACUAAGGAACUUGAGAUCAUAUCAGAGUACAAACCAGAAGAAUGUACAGUCGUAGCAGAAACUGGAGAUGCUGUCAAAGUGCAUUACACAGGUAAAUUUGAGAAUGGUGCCAUCUUUGACUCAUCGAGGCAAGAUAACCGAGAUCCGAUUGAUUUCAAGCUUGGUGGCAAGAUGGUGAUCCAGGGUUGGGAGAUGGGAAUCGUUGGCAUGUGUGUCGGGGAGAAGCGAAAGCUCAUCAUUCCUCCUCAUCUAGGUUAUGGGAAGAGAGGGAGCGGACCUAUUCCACCCGAUUCAACACUCGUCUUUGACACGGAGCUCGUGGAUUUACAGAAACCUGAAAAUUCUUUUUCCAGUCGUGUAAUGAAGCUGGUUCGAUUCAUCGUCCCUCCCUCGAUAGUCGUCUUACUCAUCUAUUACAUGUGGGAGAAAAGUGCCAAAAACCCGUCAGGGAAAUUAAAAGGUGACAGACGGGGAAAAAAGAAGAGAUAAUGUCUAGCUGCUCCUAGACCCUGCAUAUUUGAAUAAUACAUGUACACUCAGUGGACUAUUAUUAUGCAACUUGAAGUCGGGGAAAACUCCCUGCCAUUAAAGCGGGGUUGGCAGUUUCCUAGGAAAUUUAGGUUUAUCCUGCCCAGCUGGGAAAUACUGGGGAAGAAACUUGUAAAUGCUGGUAAGUACUUAAGAUGUACUUGGGGAUACAGGGAAAGGCUAGAAUAUGCUUGAGAAACACCUUGGCAAUACUUGAGAAUAUUCAAGAAGUAUAUUUCAUACUAUUUUCCUGCAUUUCCAGCUAUUUUCCUAAAAAUUAUUCGAGAUGGUAUUUACCAAUAUUUCCCACCAGUAUUUCCCAUUUCGGCCAACCCCGCAUUGAAUAGGACAAAGAUGUGCUUUGUGUGGGUCCAUUGAUCCGUUUUGAUAAAUGCAAUCAUAUACCAAAGUAAAUGAAAAAACUGUCUUGCCCAAUUUCACAAGAGAGGGUGUCUGUGGUGUUAAGUCAUCCUGUCUCAGUGCCCGCCUGUCUAAAGUGAAAAAUCUGUCUUUAUUGGCCAUUACUGUUGUCUCCCAUUUGAAACAAAUAUGUGUUAUAGUAGACAGCUGGCAGUCGUCUGUUUCGAGGAGUUUUUAACAUUUAAUUUUCUUUAAUUUCUCAUACACAGACGGCUCACGAUCGUGCAGCC